ACUUUGGUAUCUGUAUCCGUGCCGCUGUGCCUACAAUCCGUUUUCGUCGAGCCUCGAACAUCGCUCGUACUUACAUUCGUGUGCUCCGCGCUGUACUCGGUCGACAUCUUCCAGUGCGCGUGUUCCCUUAAGGAGACGGAAACAUUCAACCCUUUCUGCAAUGCUGCGGAUUACUUUGGUGAAUGCAGGAAACUUAUUAAAGUUUCUAGCCCAAAAGUAGGUGUCGGCGCGGCGGGGGGUGGCGGGGGCCGGCGGGGCGGGCGGCGCGGCGGCCGGGCGGCGGCAGUACGCGGGUGUGUGCGAGCGCGAGUGGUCGCCGUCUUGCGUUGAGAGCGGCGCGGCCGCGGACUGUGAUGCGAGCGCGCCGCCCGCCAUGGCCACGCUCGGCCUCUCCAAGGUGUUCAUUCUCGACAAGUACUUUACUGAGCUGCAGCGGUUUUGGGAGACGGAGAAGAAGCUGCAAGACGCGUCGUCUUCCAACGAGGCGGUGCACCUACAGCGGCGCCUGCUGUGCCUGAGCUCGGACCUCGUGUCGCUGCGGAACCACCUGCUGGUGGGCGCCGGGAGCGCGGGGGGCGCGGGGCAGCCCGCCGUGCCCCCGCGCGCCCCGCACCUUCUGCCGCCGCCCCCUGCAGCGCAGCCACCCGCGCCCCCCGCGCCGCCCGCGCCGCCGGCACCCUCACCAGAGAGUCGCUGGCCGCAGUCGAAGCAGGCGGCGGGGGGCGCGGUGGGCGCAGGGGGCGCGGUGGGCACAGGGGGCGCGGGCGCGGGGGGCGCGGCGGCCGACGUGGAGGACCUCAUCCACCUGCGCGGGCCGCUGACGGAGGACGCCGUGGUCCGCGCCCUGCAGGCUCGCUUCUACCACAACAAGUUCUACACCAUGAUCGGGCCCGUGCUGGUGGCGGUGAACCCGUACACGGACGCGUGCAACGCGCUGACGCUGACGGCGGCGCGCGCGCAGCGGCCCGAGCUGGCGCGCCUCGUGGCCGACGCCGUGCGCCACCAGGCCGACACGGGCUACCCGCAGGCCAUCAUCCUGUCGGGCGUGGCCGGCUCCGGCAAGACGUACGCGUCCAUGGUGCUGCUGCGGCGCCUGUUCGACGUGGCGGGCGGCGGGCCCGAGACCGACGCCUUCAAGCACCUGGCCGCCGCCUUCACCGUGCUGCGCGCGCUCGGCACCGCCGCCACGCCCGCCAACUCGCACUCCAGCCGCAUCGGCCACUUCAUCGAGGUGCAGGUGACGGACGGCGCGCUGUACCGCACCAAGAUCCACUGCUACUUCCUGGACCAGACGCGCGUGGUCCGCCCGCCGGCGUCCGAGCGCAACUACCACAUCUUCUACCAGAUGCUGGCGGGGCUGGCGCCCGACGAGCGCGCGCAGCUUCACCUGGAGGGCUACUCGUCGCAAGACCUCAGGUACCUGGCGGCGGUGCACCCGCGGCGGCCCGAGCCCGAGGACGCGGCGCGGUUCCACGCGUGGAAGACCUGUCUCGUCAUACUCGGCAUACCCUUCCUGGACGUCGUGCGCGUGCUGGCCGCCGUGCUACUGCUCGGCAACGUGCAGUUCGCGGAGGCCGGCGACGGCUCGGCCGAGCCCGCCAGCGAAGCCGAGCUGGCCGCCGCCGCCGCGCUGCUGGGCGUGGCGGCCCCCGCCCUGCUGCGCGGCUUGGUAUCGCGCGCCGCGCCCCGCCGCGCCGCGCGCGCCCCCGCCACGCCGGCCGCGGCGGCGGCGGCGCGCGACGCGCUGGCCAAGGCGCUGUACUGCCGCACCGUGGCCACCAUAGUGCGGCGCGCCAACUCGCUGAAGCGGCUGGGCUCCACGCUGGGCACGCUGUCGUCGGACUCCAACGAGUCGGUGCACAACCAGGACGCGGCGUCGCGGCGCACGUCGUCGGCGGGCGGCAGCGCGGGCGGGGGCGCGCGCAGCCGCGCGGGGGCGCGCUCCAUGGCGGCGCUCAACGACGCCGUGCGCCACGCCACGGACGGGUUCGUGGGCAUCCUGGACAUGUUCGGGUUCGAGGACGCGGCGCCCAGCCGCCUGGAGCACCUGUGCGCCAACCUGUGCGCGGAGACCAUGCAGCACUUCUACAACACGCACGUGUUCAAGUCGUCGGCCGAGUCGUGCCGCGAGGAGGGCGUGUCGUGCGCGCUGGAGGUGGAGUACGUGGACAACGUGCCGUGCAUCGACCUGGUGUCGUCGCUGCGCGGCGGCCUGCUGGCGGCGCUGGACGCCGAGUGCGCGGCGCGCGGCUCGCCCGACCACUACGUGGCCCGCAUCAAGGCCGCGCACAGAGGCCACCCGCGGCUGGCGGAGGCGCGCCCCCCGCACCCGCGCCGCUUCGCCGUGCGGCACUACGCCGGGGAGGUGGCGUACGACGCCGCCGACUUCCUCGAGGCCAACCGCGACGCCGUACCCGACGACUUACUCGCCGCCUUCGACACUAGAACCUGCGAGUUCGGGUUUGCGACGCAUCUAUUUGGAGCAGAGCUGAAGGCGCUGAGUGCCCAGGGCGGGCCGACGGGCGGCCAGUUCCGCGCGUCGCCGACCGUGGCGGCGGCGCUGGACGCGGCCAGCGCCAGCACGCUGACGCAGGACUUCCACACGCGCCUCGACAACCUGCUGCGCACGCUGGUGCACGCGCGCCCCCACUUCGUGCGCUGUCUGCGCGCCAACUCGCAGGAGACGCCCAUGCUCUUCGAGCGCGCCGCCGUAGCCAAACAGGUCCGCGCGCUGCAAAUCUUGGAGACGGCUCAGUUGAUGGCGAGCGGCUACCCGCACCGCAUGCGGUUCCGCGCGUUCAGCGGCCGCUACCGCGCACUAUGGCGGCGCGGCGCCGAGCGCGAGUCGGGCGCGGCGUGCGCCGCCGUGCUGCGCGCCGUGCAGGCGGCCGCGGCGCCGCCCGCGCCCGCCUCGCCCGCCGCCGUGCGCUGGGCGCUCGGCAAGAGGCACGUCUUCCUCAGCGAGGGCAUGCGCCAGGUGUUGGAGAGAAUGCGGCGCGCCAGGCGCCAGGCCGCCGCCGAGUGCAUCCAGGCGGCGUGGCGCCGGCACCGCGCGCGCGCCGCCCGUCUGGCGCCCCCGGCGCCGGCGCCCGCCUCGCUGGCGCCCGCCCGCCCGCGCCCGGCGCCCAUCGCCGGCACUCCGCCCCCGGAGCCCGGGGACAAGUGCGACCCGACACUAGUGAAACGAACGUGCUCGCUGUUUGGCCUAGACCUGGAGCGCCCCCCGCCGCUGCCGCCGUCGCGCGCGUACACGGUGGCGGGCGGCGUGAAGCUGGGCUACCCGCAGUCGCGCACGGUGGGCGCGGACUGGGUGGCGGGCGGCGUGGCGCUGCGCGCGGGCGACGUGGUGGUGGCGGUGGGCGCGGCGCGGCGCGGCUGCGUGGCCGUGCAGGCGCGGGGCCGCACCGUGUGCGUGCCGCACCACGUGCUGGCGCCCGCGCGCGCGCGCCCCCCGCCGCCGCCCGCGCCCGCGCCCCCGCAGCCGGCGCCCCCGCAGGCCGCGCCCCCGCCGCCGCCGGCCCUCGCCUGACGGGCCCCGUCUGCUCCGGCCCGCGUCGACGUUCAUUAUUCAUCGUCCGGUGCCGGGUGUAAAUAGCGAUUAGAUUUAAGUAUGUAUUUAAUAUUGAAAUAGUUCACCGAGUUACGACGCACAAAUAAAACUAGAACCAUUAAAGUUAGUGCGCCUAAUGUAGAAAUUAAUAAAACGAUGUCAAUGGAAUGGCGACAGUGACAUGAACAAUUGAACAUGUUCCAUGACUGCAGUAGUGACCGGUCGAGGCACAGCUCCCGUAACAUGAUGCGCAGACUCCUUCGUUGAAAAAUGAUUGUAAGUUUAUAGUUCCUGCGUCGCAGGCAGGCAAUACUUAAACUUUAACAACGAACUAUGCUGUGUUAUAGCGCUACACUAAAGUCUGAUACACGACGUAGCGACGUACUGCUAUCGUCACAUAUAGUAUGUACGUCGUAGGUAUGUAACUCGUUAAUUGUAUGCGACGUAUACUCAACAGAAAUGUGUAUAUUGUAUUUAUAGUCCCGGUACCUUCCACGGGACUUCCAUUCCACAACAUACAACUAUUUUUACUAUGGAUUUAGGAAACUGUGGCCAUGAUCAAAUAUUCCAAGAAAUUGAAUAAAAUCAUGUGCAGCAGCCAGUGCUAUUGCAGUCAACUACUGGCAAAGACGACUUGUCUAGUACGUUGGGAGAGCGCAGUGAAUGUGUGAAGGUGAACAUGUAGGCAAACAAAGGUGUUAUGUGUCGCUCGCGUCGCUACACGCCACGCGGGCGAACUUGCCAACCAGAGUCUGAUUAAUAAUAAAUAUACUUACUUAUUAUGUAACCUACUAUACUUAUAAUGUGAAACAUUCGAUUUAAUGUAUAACUUCGACAAAAGGUACAAAUAAAAUUAUAUUUCAAAAAAAUCA